UAAAAUAAAUCAAAUUUGCUCACUGUUAGUGUUAAUAUAGAUCUGAUCAUGUGUGUUAUACUUUUGCCAGUGAUGUAUGAUUGCUUCUUUUGGUCUGUAAAUAGGAAAUUGUUUCCAUUACAUCGUAGACAGUUCACAUUUUUCCCCCCACUUAGACAUUAUACAUCAUCUCUGCCAGGCUGAAUCUGUAAUGUGGAGCUGAAAGAUGGUUAUUACGUUUCUUCAGACCGUUAUUAACCAUUUACAGCUUUAUCAAUUCAUGAUCUGAAAUGGUUUAAAAGACAGCUAGUACAGUGAAAAGCAGCACUCUGAUUGCAGAGAUGAAGAUGCAUUGUUUAUCUUACUCCGCGGCCUAAUUACUGCAGCUUUUCCCUCAGCAACUACAGAAAUAUUUCCUGUCCAAAGCUGUCCUCCCUCCGGCGUCCGUCCUCUUUGAAGCUUGUGCUCUCGCUGAAAUUUCUUAAACGAAAUCGACAUUUCGGAAAAGCUCCCCCCCAAAAAAACAAGCCGGAGUGCGGAAUAUGAGCGCCCCGUAUGAGAUGCUUCACUAAGGCAUGGAAAGUUUUAUUUUCGGUGCGAAGAAUAAGUGCCAGAUGACAGAGGGUGCAGAGAUUGGGUCACUUCCUGAUGCCGAACAGGGACCCUACUUGAGAUGGCUCAACAUGGCAUAUGAGACGGACAAGACAUGCCUGUUGUUUCCUCGGGAAUCGCGAGCAUCCUGUGUGUUCCACACUGCGGAUGAGAAAGAUGAAAUCCCAGGCAUAGGAGAGGACAGUGUUUUAGAGAUGCUGAGUUACUCAAAAUUCAUGGAUCUCGAGUCAUGGCUGUGUAUGCCAUCAACAAUGCUGCCCAGGAGCUUGGACUCUACCUGCUCUGCCUCACCACUGUCUACUGAUAGUGACUCUGGAGAUGCUGAAACCAGCAGGCCCCCUGAGAGGAAGUCUAUCUAUCUGAACCACUCCCCAGAAAGGGAAAGCUGUCAUGUGCCACCUUCCCCCACUGUGCCAGAUUGUGUGACCCCUCAGUCCCCUUUGGGCCUGCAGACCUCCUCAACUCCAGCUCUGAAGCCAGGCACACACUCAUAUCAGGACAAUGCGAGUGUAAGAAAGCGACGCCGCCUUGCUGCCAGCCCUGGAGGCCUUCACUGGAACGCUUCAGGCUCAGUGCUGCGUGAAUAUGAGCGAGGAGAGACGGCUGGUGCAUCGCAGGUGAAACGCGUCCCUAAACCUUUGAGGUCUGUGAAACCUGGCGCAGAGCUGUGGGGGGACAGAGUGGCACUCAGGAAGUGUGUGUCGGUGGAUGACAGCCUGCUGCAGCAGACGCCCACAGAGCCCGACACGCUGCUGAGCCGCCUGGAGAGAGGAAAGAAGAAACUCAGGAACAUCCACAGCCUUGGGGAAACUGGAAGAUACGAAACCCAUAAAAAAUCCGAGAGUAAGAUUUCCCGCCUGGCUCAGAGACUCAACCAAAGGCAGAGAGAUGCCGCACUGAUCAAGGACUUUCGUCCGCUUCUCUUCUUCAGCGUUUCUCCAGGGAGCUCACAGAGCCUUGACAGGAGCUUCGGUGUUAAUAUGACCCAGCAAAUGCAGAACCUCCAGCUGAGCCACAGUAAGAAGGGGGCUGCUCCCGCCUCCCCCAGUGCAGCCAAGCGCCUUUACCGCAACUUGUCCGAAAAGUUCAAGGGCAGUCACUCGUCCUUUGAGGAUGCUUACUUCUUUGGCCGCUCGGAUCGCAUCCGCAAAGCCUCGAAUAUUCAGAGCAGUGAAGCUCUGUUCGAGGCUGUGGAACAGCAAGACCUGGAUGCUGUACAGAUCCUUCUGUUCCAGUACACAGCGGAUGAACUGGAUCUCAAUACACCCAACAGCGAAGGCCUGACCCCGCUCGACAUCUCCAUCAUGACCAACAAUGUGCCAAUAGCUAAGUUGCUGCUCAAAGCAGGCGCCAGGGAGAGCCCACAUUUUGUGAGUCAAGAGAGCCGUGAGGCACAUCUCUCAGCGCUGGUGCAGGAAGCUCAGAGGCGAGCGAGCGAGCUCUCCACACAGGUGAUGAGAGAGAGCCUCAGUCUGGAGACGUCAGACAAGGAGAAGCAGCUCAAGGCCUGGGAGUGGAGAUGCAAGCUGUACAAACGCAUGCGUACUGGAUUCGAGCAUGCACAGGUUCCAGAGCCUCCGACAGCCGUGCGUUUGACUGUGAGCAGCAGCACAUCUCUCACCGUCACAUUUCAGGAGCCAUCCAGCAUCAAUUCAGCUGUGGUCACCAGAUAUAAAGUGGAGUGGAGCUGUCUGAAGGACUUCUCUUUAUUAGCUGGAGAGCUGAUCCUUGAAAAUCUACAGUGUCUUAAAUGCACAAUAACAGGCCUUACAACGGGAAGGCAAUACUAUGUUCGGAUAUCUGCCUAUAACAUGAAGGGCUGGGGGUCACCACAGGUCUCUCAACCCCCUUGUGCUGUUCCAUCCAACUGGAAGGAGUGCGAUGGUAGAGAGUCCCGACGGAGAGGGCACAUUGAGGCCAUGGAGAGACUGCUCCAGCAAGUCCGCGCCACACACCAACACUACAGCUGUGGAGACACGUCGAAGCUGCAGAACCCCAGUCGCAAGCAAUCUGUCUCUAGGAGCCUGAAACAUCUCUUUCAUUCCUCCAAUAAAUUUGUCAAAACUCUCAAAAGAGGGAUCUACAUAGCCGCAGUGUUUUAUCAUAAGGACAGUCUGCUGGUGACUAAUGAGGAUCAGAUACCCAUCGUGGAGGUGGAGGACUCCUACAGCAAUUCCCUAAUGCAGGACUUUCUGUGGUUUACCAAGCUUUCCUGUAUGUGGGAGGAUGUCCGAUGGCUCAGACAGAGCAUGACUAUUUCCGCCUCGUCCUCGUCCACACUGCAGUCCAGGCAGAAGAUGCUGGUUGCUGCCGGCCAGCUACAGAACCUUCUGGGCACGCACAACCUGGGCCGCGUCCACUAUGAGCCCAUUAAAGACCGGCAUGGCAAUGUGCUGCUAGUGACAGUCAGGGAGAUGGACAGCUCCUAUUCCUUCUUCAGUGGGAAGUGGAUGCAGGUAUCCAAACUUCAGAGCCAGAGAAAGUCUCUGUCCACCCCUGAAGAGCCCUACGCCUUGGACAUUCUGCUCAUCACCAUACAGGAUAUCCUGGCCUAUCAGCGGCGAAGUCAGCACCGCCUUUCACCAGGCCUGUAUCUUGGCUACUUGAAGCUCAGCAGCUCUGUGGAUCAGAUCAAGGUGCUGGUCCCACAACGAACACCCAGCAUGCUUUGCCAUUUCAAGAUACGGGACAACUGGAACGUCUCCAGAGACGAGUGGGAAUGGCUGAAUACUCUGUCUGGCCCUGAGGAGGUGGAAAGAGCAGAUCAGGCGGCAGACUGCAACACUCCUUUACUUUUCUAUGAGCUCCAGACUACCAUUAAGAAUCUGCUGCGCCAGAUCAAUCUACCUCUGCACCAGGCUAAGCACUUCCGUCUCUACACACAGGAGGUGCUCGAGUUGGGUCACAAUGUGUCCUUUCUUUUGCUGCUGCCUGCCUCAGACUCCGUGUGUACUGCCCCGGGCCAGACCAAUCCCUACACACCCCACUCGGGCUUCCUCAACCUCCCUCUUCAAAUGUUUGAGCUCGUUCACUUCUGUGCGUAUAAGGAGAAGUUUAUUAGCCUGUACUGCCGCCUGUCCUCUGUGCUUGACCUGGAUGCCUUGAUAACCCAGCAGGCUGUGAGAGAGGCCAUUACAGAUACUGAGAUGGCCAUUGCCAAACAAAGACACCAACAUAUACUUGACUAUAUCCAGCAAAUGGAUGAGAUGUGGCGAGAUAUCCGCUGGAUCACUGACGCCCUGCAGUAUGCACGCUAUAAACAGCCUCUGGGCGGUGUGCCCAUCACGUGGCUGGUGGAUGCCAGCUCAGAACCCGUAACACAGAAGUACGACUCCAUCUCCUCCAACACAGACUACCUGCCUACUCCGUCUCCCUCACCUGAGCUGAGAAGAAAAGCUAGAGAGGACUCUCAGGCGGUUUCAGAUGAAGAAGGCUGCUCUGAAGUUUUCCUCCCGACAGACAGCGACUAUGACUCCAGCGACGCUCUGAGCCCACGAGAUCUAGACCUGGUUUAUUCUUCAGCCCAGGAUCUAUCCCAUCAGGCUGUGUACACGCUGAGCGGCAGCGCCCCUGACGUCCUGCAGAUACACGACCUGAAACCCAGCGCCUGCUCUAAGCCAAUACUGGAGGCUGAAUCCUUCACGAAAGACCUGGAGGAACUGUCCCUGUCGUCAUACUCCAGCAGAUCAUCAGAAAAGACGUCGCGUUACAAGCGCAGGCUGCUGUCUAGGAGCCAGCCUCAAAGGAGCUGCUUCAGCGGAACACAUCGCUGGCUGAGGGUCCAGAGUGAGAACCAGACACCUUCACUGUCAGAGGGGGUUUACACCCGACAGAGCGAGCUGGACCUGCCCCUAGAGCUCGCUGUCUCUUACCCACACCCUUCCUACAGCAUGGACGAGUGGAAGGGCAGUAACAGGGAGAGAAAACCCACUGUGCGCAGGAUCUUUGUGGAAUCGUGUAGUGAGACAUCCCCAAGCAGAGACGGCGCUCGAUGGCCAGAUGAGAACGACGAAGCACACGGUGGAGCUGCAGCAGGAGAGACGCCAGCUCAGGAAGUGGACUCAGAUGACCAAACUAAUGAGCUGGUUUCUGAAAUACUCAGCAGCACUCUCUAGAAUGAAGCAUCCUGCGUUAUUGUGUGUCAUGUUGAUGUGUUUUUGUCAUAUAUUGCCACCAGACAGCCUCUAAGUGAAUGCAGUUAUGGCAUGCAGACUCUCUAUGUUGUAGUAUAUGGAAAAUUCAUUAGUAGAAUGUUCAGGAAGAAAAAACAAGUUGCUGGUCAACUCUAUAGGACUCAUAAACUGUGGCUAUGACUGUUAAUAUACUUACUAUUAAUGCAACAUGAAAUAAAGUGCUGCUUUAAUCUUUGAACUUGAAACUGCCUCUGCAUAGACUGAUCUAGGUGAAAAGGUAAAAAGUAGUACUUUCCCAGUCAAUCAGCUUUCAGAUUCAGUUCUUGCAUCUGAGGUAUAAACGUAUGCCUGUGUCAGAUAUAUAAAGAGAAUUCCGGGAUGAUUUGAUGGUGCUCAAGAAAAACAAACAGUUCAUAUUAAUAAAAAAAAGUCUUUGCUUCAAUACCCCGUAAGCUAUUGAAAAUGAUCAUGUGUUCAGGAAUCUUUAAAUACCAAGUCACCUUUACAAAGAGUCUUAAAUCAGUAGAUCUAGAAGGUGAGCGUGGAUAAAAAAAAAUCCUUUACAAACAUGAAUUGGGGUAUUUGGAAGCUUUUUAUUUGUCCACUUUAAUGAACAGGCAGAGGUAUUCGAUUACUAACAGCUUGACUUGCAUUGUGUUUACCUCCUCUGACCGAUUUGAGGUGUACAUUUGUUAUUAUCCGACGUGUCAACAGUGUGAGGUGUCUGAUCAAGUGUCUUCGGGGGGUGUUCGCUAACUUGCUGGCAUUAAAACAAAUAAAAAGCACUCAUGUUUUAUGAACAGGCACAAAAAAGGGCACUUUAGAGCACCUGUUUACAUCUUUUGAGCAGCAAUGCAGGUAUAAUUCAUAUUUUUGAUCUCCUGUUGGCCCUGGUUAAAAAAAAAAAAAAAAUAGUAUGACCUUUUUUUUUGUUGUUGCUUUUAAUUUUGGUUCUGGACAUUUGCUCCACUUUAUAUGAAGGGUAUGCACCACUUUUUUUUGUUUGUGACUAUAGGAGUAGACUAUAAAGGAUUACUCUGACACCUGGUAUCUUCAAAGCCAUAGAGAUUUUAUGUGUAUGGAGAUAUUAUAUUCUUACAAAACGAUGCUGUCUAUGGGCUCAGUACUGCACUGAUAUUGGACUUGUAUACAUUCAGCCACAAUAUAUCUAUUUGUAAAUGUAGGAUGGCUAAUUCAUGCAGUUUCACUUUAAUAAUGGUAUGUAGAAUUGACUUUAUGCUUACUAUUGAAGUAUUUGGACACAAAAGGGGUUGUCAGGACCGAAAAGACAGCAAGGGCAGCUUGUGAAUUUGUCUGUUGCACUGUUAUGACUUGUUGAUGUUGCAGUGUAUUACGAAUGUGUAUUUGCACCACUGUUUCCUUAAAAAAUUAUUUCUACUGCAACUCUGUCCGUUUAAAGAUAUUGAAAUUGCUUCACCCCCCAAUUUCUGUACAGUGAUGUCAGUUGAACUAAUGAUGAAAUGCACUACUUUAUCAUGUGAGUGUGUGUGUCUGUGUGUGUGUCUGUAUGUGUUCUCCCUGUUCUCUAAAGAGUGAAGCAUUUAAGUAAAAAAUUCAAUGCAAUUAAUUUUGUUUAAACAAUUGUCAUUCCAGAGAAGGUUCAGUGAUGUGUCUUUGUCCUGAUACCUUUAUACUGUGCACACAGCAAGCCAAAAGCAUCGAAAAAGCAUCAUAUCUGUAUAUUUUUUGAAUUAUGCAUUUAUUGAUCCAAAUAAUAUAUUUGUGUAUUGUAUUUUUGACAAUUAUUGUCUUUUAUCCCUGAAUCUAUCGUUACUCAUUAGCUUUUUGCAACGCAGCUGAAUCUAACCAUGUGGCAGAUGUGUUUAUGAAACAGAAAUAAAUCACCAAUCCAUUGUAGGUAUGCUAUGAAUUGUUCUUUGUCUGACAUCACUUAAAAAAAGAUAAUAUCUCUAACUCUUAACAUUACUUUGCAUUAAAGUUGUUUUCUUGACUAAGAGUUGAUUUAUGAAUGUUGGUACCUCUAAAUGUAUUAUGGCCUAAUAAAAAAUAUAAAUAAA